AAAGAGGGAACGGUUGUGAGAAGACCUCGGUGUGAUUUAGUUAUCAGUUUGAUACAAAAUGAACAGCCGUCUGCAAGAAAUAAGGGAGAGACAAAAGCUCCGACGCCAGCUUUUAGCUCAGCAGUUGGGAGCCGAGAGUGCUGAUAGCAUUGGUGCUGUACUGAACAGCAAAGAUGAACAGAAAGAGAUCGAGGAGACCAGAGAAACCUGCAGAGCCUCAUUCGACACGGCCGUUCCAAGCACUAAGCGCAAGUGCCAGACUGAGGGAGAGGACACGGAGGAGGAUGUGGAGGACCAGAAGGAUGAAGUUGAGCAGCAGCAAGCUGAAGACAGUGGUCCGUAUGAAGAGGUCUACAAAGAUUCUAGUACAUUUUUAAAGGGAACGCAGAGUCUGAAUCCUCACAAUGACUAUUGCCAACAUUUUGUGGAUACCGGUCAUCGACCCCAGAACUUCAUUCGUGAUGUAGGUCUUGCUGAUAGAUUUGAGGAGUACCCCAAACUCAGGGAGUUGAUAAGGCUGAAAGAUGAGCUGAUUGCAGCGACAAAUACUCCUCCCAUGUAUCUACAAGCAGACCUGGAAAACUUCGACUUGAGAGACUUGAAGUGUAAGUUUGACGUUAUCCUCCUGGAGCCGCCGUUGGAGGAAUACUACAGGGAGUCUGGGAUUAUCGCCAAUGAGAAGUUCUGGACCUGGGAUGAUAUAAUGAAACUGGAGAUUGAGGAGAUCUCUGCGCUGAGGUCCUUUGUGUUUCUGUGGUGUGGAUCUGGAGAGGGGCUGGAUCUGGGCAGGAUGUGCCUGAGAAAAUGGGGCUUCCGCCGCUGCGAGGACAUCUGCUGGAUCAAAACCAACAAGAACAAUCCCGGGAAGACGAAGACGCUGGACCCCAAAGCAGUCUUCCAGCGAACAAAGGAGCACUGCCUGAUGGGAAUCAAAGGGACGGUGAGGCGCAGCACCGACGGGGACUUCAUCCACGCCAACGUGGACAUCGACCUCAUCAUCACGGACGAGCCGGAGAUCGGCAACAUCGAGAAGCCGGUGGAGAUCUUCCAUAUCAUCGAGCACUUCUGCCUCGGCCGGCGGCGGCUCCACCUAUUCGGCAGGGACAGCACGAUCAGGCCAGGGUGGCUGACGGUGGGGCCCACGCUGACCAACAGCAACUUCAACGCCGAGGCAUACGCCUCCCACUUCAACGCGCCCAACUCGCACCUGUCGGGCUGCACCGAGGAGAUCGAGAGACUGCGCCCCAAGUCCCCUCCCCCCAAGUCCAAGGCGGACAGGGGCGGGGGCGCGCCCAGAGGGGGCAGGGGCGGGCCGUCGGCGGGGCGGGGGGACAGGGGCCGAGAACGCAACAGGCCCAGCUUCCGGGGGGACAGGGGCGGUUUCAGGGGCCGCGGCGGGCCCCAUCGGGGCUUUCCUCCACGCUAGAGAGAACUUUUCGGAAAGACAAACUUCUGGAGCUGAUGUCUCUGUUGGGGGUGGGUGAGGAAACUCCAGAGCAGUGGCACAAACAUUCAUCCACCAGACAGUGGAUGGACCCGGUGUUGUUGUAAUGAUUCAGUGAAUUAGCCUGAAAACUGUGGGAGCACAGAAAUGUUUUUUUUAUACGGACAUUUUAUAAUUGCAACAGUGGAAAAUAAGAUGGAGGCUUUUAUUUUUAUCAUGCUUCUAGUAAAUGUUUUCCGUAACCUCUUAACG